AUGAAUAAUUCGAAUUUUUAUAUUCUUGGAAUAUAUACGCUGUCGUUAAAACCGUCAACAACAUGCUGGUCUAAUGAUUUCGCAUACUCGAAAUCGAGUAUCGAACAUCAUUUAGAGAAAAAAGAUGAUUUUGUUGUACCAGGUCCCGAUAGACCUAAACCAAUGUAUUAUACUAAUUGGCGUCAAAAACCUCGAAUUCCUCCUCGUCGUGGUAAACAUUACAAUAUGUCAACAGGUGAGCACAUUGGCCCACCUAUGACAAUAUCUGUGUACCCGCCUACUCGUGUUUCUAAGCGAUUAGGAAAAAUCUUCGGAAAUGACCAUUCUAUCAAGGAGAUUUGUCAAACAUCGAUUGAUAUAAACACUUAUUUACCGAUCUGUUUACGUCCUGUCCUAUAUUCAACUUUAACUGAUCGUAUUAAACAUAGAAUUUGCAGUGCAAAUUCAGUGGUCCAUCUCGUACGACGAUCUCAAGUGCAAAAUCAAGCAGUCAUUCGUCCGAAUGAUAAAAUUCAGUUGAUUGAUGACCUAUCAACCAAUCGAAAUUAUAACUUUGUCUUACUGGGAGAUGGUCGUCUAAUUUGCAGUCAAGUUCCACAUGGAAAAUAUCAAUAUGCUUGUCAAUUACUAUCUAAGCAUGUGAUUUUGGCUGGAUGUUCACACGAUGUUCGAUUUGCAGGUGAAAUGAGAAAGUCCGACAAUAGUGAAAUGUUGCUUAUUAAUAAUAGUUCUGGUACUUAUCAACCCGAUGAUAGAAUGCUGCCGAAUGCUGUAGCUUACUUUCAACGAUUGUUUCCUCAUGUCCUAGUACAAGGAACAUCAAGAUGUUGA